UAAUGCAUCUCGCCUGAGGUUGAGAAGGUGCGAACUGCAUCAUAGAAACAUAACUCUCCUCCAGACGACACCUUGAGCCCCAGCAUCAACCUUUUUGUCCCAAUCAUUCCCUCUCGCAACUAACUCUACAACAAUGUCAACGAUACUCAUCGACUCCGAAGAAGGAGUGCGCCACCUGAUUGAAGAAAUCGAAUCCUCAAGUCUCCAGCCUCCGUUCCUGUUCAUGGACCUUGAGGGCAUUUACCUAGGCCGUCUAGGAAGCAUCUCCAUCCUUCAGCUUCUGGUUCCCCCAAACCCAGUUGUGCGCCUGUUGGAUGUACACGUCCUCCAGAGAUUGGCCUUCGAAACCAAAAGCACCACUGGUACCACCUUCAAGGAUAUUCUCGAAUCCGACAGAUACCCUAAAGCCUUCUUCGACCUGCGAAACGACUCGGAUGCGCUGUACAGUCAAUUCGGCAUUCGUCUACAAUCCGUCAUCGACAUUCAAUUGUUAGAGUUUGGAACUCGCAUGGUGCCUGGUCGCUUCCUCAAGAGCUUGGCCAAGAGCAUUGAAGAGGAUAGUGGAAUCAACUAUUACGAAGUCAGAGAAUGGCAGGCAGGUAAAGAAGCCGGAUACAUGCUCUUCGAUCCGCUUAAAGGCGGCAGCUACGACGUCUUCAAUCACAGACCUUUGGACGAAGCUAUCGUGGACUACUGUACCCGCGAUGUGGUGCUGUUGCCUGCUCUUCUCCAAGCUUAUGCUCGUCGCUUGAGAGGAUGGGAGAACCUCGCUAUCAACUUGCAGUUGGAAGCCGAAAAGCGUGUCAGUCUUUCGCAGAGUGCGACCUACAACGGCAAAGGUCAACACAUGGCUCAAGGUCCAAAGGGUAUCCAGUAAGGUACUGCUCUUCGAAUGGCUCGGGGCUUACUUUCCCCAUGAGCCUUGUCUUGUCCCCUGAUCUCCCGCAAUACUGCAUCAUGAAGACCGAUACGCCCGAGGAGAUGGUCGAUACAUCGACACCUACCAGUACUUGCCUACCGGCAGCUAGCACUGAGUC